GACGGCGCAAGCCGGCGCUGUGCGGCCCGCGGAGGAGCGGCCUGGGAGCCGGGCCGCUGGCGGCGGCCACGGACGGGAGCGGAGGGCACCGACGGGGCGGCGCAGGUGGACCAUGGCUCAGUUCUCUCAGAAGAGAGGGCAGAGGAGAGACGAUGACGGGCUGGGCAGUGCUGUGGAUUUCUUCCUGGCCAAUGCCAGGCUAGUGCUGGGUGUGAGUGGGGCAGCCAUCUUGGGCAUUGCCACCCUGGCAGUGAAACGGCUCAUUGACCGAGCCACCAGUCCCCCCGACAAGGACGAUGCCAAAGCAGAACAGAAGUCCAUUGAGGAGAGCUGGCAGGAGCUGAGCCUGCUCAAGGCCUCGCCAAGACCUCAGCCCAAGCCCGGCCGGGAGGCGCUCAGUCAACCCCAGCUGGCUCUGGCCCAGUCCCCGCCUGCCCCAGUGCCUCCUCACGAGCCCGUGCCCAAGCCCUCCGUGCUUCUGUGCCUCACGCUUCAAGAGAAACUUCUCGCCUUCUACCGAGACCACGUGGUCAUCCCCGAAGCCCAAGUCGCCCUGGCCCGGCAGCUGGCCACCGACAUCUGCCGAGAGCUGCAGGGCUCCCUGCGCGGCAAGUUCCCGGCGCUGCCGUGGGGGAGCGUGUUCCUGAGCGGCUCGCUGUUCGACGGGCUCGAGGUGGCGGCGGGGGCGGCCAGCCGGGCCUGUCUGAUGGUGCCGCUGGCCCUGGAGGCCGGGCUCUGGGACUUCAUCCCGGGGGAGGACACCAUCGUGAACGACCCCCGCCGCUGGAUGAUCCGGAGGACUCAGCUGGAGUUCGCGCCCCGGGGGAGCAGCCCUUGGGACCGCUUCACGGUCGGCGGAUACCUGUCCUCCGACGUCCUCAACGACACGCUCCACGGGGCCCUGGUGGGCUCCGUCAACUGGCCCGCCAUCGGCGGCCUGCUGGGCUGCGUCCUCCGGCCGGCGGUGGCCUCGGAAGAGCUCACAGUCGAAGUCCGGCACGACCGGCUCAAGAUGAGCAUCGCCCUUUUCCCGAUGGCGGAAACCGAGGACAAGGUCCUCCUGGCCGUGCCCCGGGAGGGCCCCGUGGGGAACCUCUGGCGGCAGAGCUUCUACCUGGCGGAGACCACCAAGCUGCGGGAGCUGGACGGCGGGGACGGGGGCGUGCGGAGACGCUGCCUCCGGCUCCUCAAGGGGGUCUGCCGACGCCACCCGGCUCUGAGCAAGCUGAGAGGGAGCCACCUGGCCCAGGUGAUCCUCCGCCUGAGCGAGGCCGAGACGGACUGGACGGAGGACUCCUUAGCCGAUCGGUUUCGGCAGGUGAUCGAAGAGCUGAUUGGCUACUUGGAGGAGGGGGCCCUGCCCUGCUACUUCGAUCCACGCAUCAACUUGUUCGGCGAGUUACGGGAAGAGGAGAUCGACGACAUGGGGUACACCCUGUACAGCGCGGUAUCCGCGCCUGAGAUUUUGCUGUAGACGCAGGAUUAGGGUCUGGGGAGAUUUUUCAACUGGGCUUAUGCGCUUGGCUCCUCUUGUUUCGGGAGGGGGCCCGGGAGGCUGACGAGAGCUCCUCUUUGUAGCUACUCCCAGUGGUGGUCUCCUUACGCUGGGGAUGGAGAAGAAAAGGGGUUCUCGGAGAGGGGGAUGGCCGGGCUGGAGUAGAGUCCCGGCCUCCUGACGCUGCUGACGUAACCGGUUCAUUCAAAUUCGGGAUCUGGUCCGUGGAUUCGGUCCCUGAUCCUCCCCUUGGGAAAGCAAAGUACCCAACAGCGGCUGAUGAAAUUCAAGAGAUCCCAGGAAAGGGAAGCUCCCUUGGAGCCCUAGCCCGUCCCUGGCCACGACGAGACGACCUUGGGGGCCACUUGCCUAACUCCAGCACUGAAUCCGAUGAUCCGGUGUGAGUUACCAGCCCACAAGUGUCUCGACGAAUGGAGUUGAAGACGGGGAAAGGGAAACUUGGGAAUGAGCCUUGGGGGGGGAAUCACCUCUUUCCAGGCCUGGAAUUUAAGUAUUUAUCUUCACGAUGGAAAAGAGACUUCCCAUUCUGGGGCUGGGGCCCCUAAAUUCUCAGUUUCAGAAUUGAUUCUAUGGGCAUGUGGAUGGUCACCGCUGACUUUUAGUGUUCAUCCUGCUGAAGGGUUGUGGAAACAGCUAUGGCCAUUUUAAGACCGGUUUUUCUGACUUUAAAAUGUCUUUUCCCCCACUAGCUGUUCAUGACCGGUGCUCCUCUAGGGCCAUGACAUCCCCUUCUCUCUCUGCAUGCUUGUCUACUCUCCCUGGAGAGGAGAGCUUCCUCCAGAGGGAAGCAGGUACCAUUAUUGGCUGACUUCCGGUGUGUUUGAUGCUUUUCGUGUGCUCUCGAAGAGAGAGGUUUCCUAAUGGCUGCUACUUUUGAUACCCAGUAUUUUAAAAUCUGCAGAGAAUGUUUCUAAAGAGACCUUGGCUUCAGAACCACCCCGUCCCAUGUACUAAAACAUAAUGGUUGAAGCUGACGUGAACGAGACUCUGGUUUGCAUUUUUCUCUGGCACUAUUAUUUUAUUGAUGGAAGGUGGAGAUAACUUGUUUCUCCAAGCACUAUAAAUCCUUCUCAUCUAAAAAUCUUUGCCAUUUCCUUCACUCGGAGCCAAGCUAUUUUUCAAGGAAUGUGAAUGAGAAUAAAGGAAGAUCAAUUGUAUGUGAAAAUGGGUUUUGUGUUGGAUUGCCGAAUGCCUUCUGUUGACACACUCUCGCAUCUAGAAAAGCUUUCUAGAAAUUGCAACCAUCCUGGUUGCCAGAAUGGACACCCGGUUUGGGGUACACUAAAGGGUGAUGGAUCAUUAGUCCAGCAUGAUUUUUCAAAAAGAAAGCAUGUACAAUUACUUCCCUACGGAGACUUGAAGAGAAAGUGCUGCCUGAGCGGGUUAAAUUAUAUUUAUGGAUUUUUGUGUGUGUGUGUGUGUGUGUGUGUGCCUCUAAGUGCGAGAACUUUGGAGAACUCAUAAUAAUAAAAUGCUGUGUGUGUUUA